CGCGGAAGGGAACGUGUAGUAAUUCAGGUUCAGAAAUCCACAGAACUUCAGUACUCCAAUACAAACCCACCCCCAAAUUCAAAUCCGCUUCCAAAAUCCAGCGGCGCGGCGCGGCGCUUCCCUCCAAUUCUCCAAACCCAAAGCCACCCCCCCCCCCCCCCGCGCGCCCAAACCAUCUCAUCUCCGACGGCGAGCGAGCGGGAGGAAGAGAUCCCAUCUCAUCCAGGUUGCGCCUCCUGAUUCCGAUGGCGGCGGGUGCGGAGGCGGAGGCGGAUGAGGAGGAGCUGGAGCCGCUCUUCGACUACUCCCGCGUGCAGCCCACCAUGGCCUUCAGCUUCGACGAUACCGACAUUGAGAAGUCCGACAUCUUCGUCCACUGCAACAAGCGGCGCAAGGUGGCCGACGGCGACGGCGACGCCAAUGCCGACGAGAAGGGGGAUAAGGGUGAGCAGAAGGCCGCGAAGGCUGCCGCGGUAGUCGACUUGGGAGAGGAGGAUUGGCUGCCGCCGCCGCCACCCCCCAAGCCCAAGUCCACUGUCACGGACGAAUCAGAGCAGAGCAGCGUAUUGAAGGAGCUGAGAUUACAGAAGCAAGCAAUGGCGAAAUUUGCUGAAUCAGCUGAUGAUUUUCUGGAGAAGUUGGCUCAAACUGCUAGGCAAAAGGUUGAGGCCAGAAUACCAACUGAACAUAUAGAUCUAGACAAGUCACCUGAACGACACGAAGCAAGAGAAAAGGUGGUCGUAACAGUUCAGGACAAAGCUGGACAUCACCAGUUUCGGUUAUACAAGGAUGAGAAGUUUGGCAAGCUUUUUAGGGCAUAUGCUAAGAAGGUUAAUCUCAGCGUCGCAGACCUGACAUUUGCAUUCGAUGGUGACAAAGUUGACGCAGAAAGCACACCAGAGGACCUUGGCCUGGAGGACGAGGACAUGGUUGAGGUGCUCCAUAAGACACGCUGAAGAUUAUGACCAUAAGACACGCUCAGUUUUGGGUGCCCCUCACUGGGACGUUGUUGGUAACUUCGGAUGGUUAUUAUUUUUUGCUUGCGCUUUAGCUCCUUUUAGUCCCAGCUGUUCUAAAGAGCCGUUGGUGUCUAUAUCCAUAGUAGAUAUUAUACCGUCAAAUGUAUGUAGACGAUAGCCUGCCCCAAUUUUAUGAAUCGAUGUUUUUCCUUUUGCCAACUCUUCUUUUCUCUUGGCUUUGUGAAUCUAUCACGAGCGUGACUGCUUUUAUUGAAUGUGUGCGUCCAAUUGUUUGUACUCUGUAAAGAAAGAUAGUAUCCCUCUACAUUAUCUAAUUCCUUUAAAAUUGGGUCUGUUUGAGGAAA